GCCGCUCCGCCCGCGCCUCCGGCUCCUGCUCCCCGCGCUCCGCCCGCCCCGCGCGCCGGCUGCAGAGCGGCCAUGGGCGGCGGGGGCCCCGCGCUGUAGAGCCCGCCGGCCCGGGACCCGCGUCCCGCAUCCUCGCCGUCCUGAACCAUGGGGGUGUUGAUGUCUAAGCGGCAGACAGUGGAGCAGGUGCAGAAGGUGAGCCUUGCCGUGUCUGCUUUUAAGGAUGGGCUGCGGGACCGGCCUUCCAUUCGACGCACAGGUGAGCUUCCAGAGUCCCGGCGUGGCACCGUAGAGGGCUCUGUACAGGAAGUGCAGGAGGAAAAAGAAGCAGAGGCCACCACCCCUGUGCUUCGAGAAGAAAGCAGUAUCAACCGUGCGGCCUGGGAGAGACUCCGAGAUGGACGUGGAGUGGAGCCUGAGGACUUUGACAGGACCAGUCGGUUCACACCGCCUGCCUUCAUCCGCCCCACUCGGAAGCUGGAUGACGACAAGCCUCUAGACAUCUGCCUGGAGCCCAGAGAGUCUGUCAUCAACGAUGAGAUGUGUGACGUCUGUGAAGUCUGGACAGCUGAGAGCCUCUUCCCGUGCAGGGUGUGCACCAGGGUUUUCCAUGAUGGCUGCCUACGCCGCAUGGGCUACAUCCAAGGAGACAGUGCUGCGGAAGUGAUCGAGACGGCCCACACGGAAACGGGCUGGAGCUGCCACUACUGUGACAACCUCAACUUGCUGCUAACAGAGGAGGAAAUGUACAGCCUCAUGGAAACAUUCCAGCAGUGCAAAGUCAUCCCUGAUUGUUCCCUGACUCUGGAGGACUUUGUGCGCUACCGUCACCAAGCAGCAAAGCGUGGGGACAGUGACAGAGCUCUAAGUGAGGAGCAAGAAGAGCAGGCAGCCCGCCAGUUUGCUGCCCUGGACCCUGAACGUCGAGGCCACGUCGAGUGGCCUGACUUCCUGUCCCAUGAGUCCCUUCUACUUCUGCAGCAGUUGCGUCCCCAGAACUCUCUGUUAAGGCUCCUGACAGUCAAGGAGCGUGAGCGGGCCCGAGCUACCUUCCUGGCACAGGGCAACAGGAGCACCAUCAGCGAGGCAGAGUGCCGCCGUGCCCAGCACUCCUGGUUCUGCAAACGCCUCCCAGAGGCUCCUUCCUGCAGCGUCAGCAUCAGUCAUGUGGCUCCCAUAGCGGACAGCAGUCCAGAGGGCCAGGGCCAGGACAAGGCCCUAAUGCCCACAGAGCAGGAGUCCAGAUCUGUGGACUGGCCGACCUUCCUGCAGGAGAACAUCAUCUACAUCCUGGCUGCCCGCCCCAACAGCGCAGCCAUUCACCUGAAGCCCCCCGGAUAGCGUGGAUCAGAAGUUCUGUGCUGGGGACGGAUGGUGGUGUUCUCUUCUUCCCUUCCUCCCUUUCCCCCACCAAAUUGUGGUACUGAGACUGAUGGGGAAGGAGCACUGCCAGCAUCUCAAUUUGUCACUAAGCUUGAUGUCACUGAAGUCACUGUCCCCCUCCCGGCAGAGGCAGUAAACAUAGUGGCUGGGGAGAAGCCCAGGGAGCUGCGGCGUCAACUACCCUGGAUAUGCCCAUCCCCUCACGUGACAGACGGGACCUGCCAGUGCACACACAUACACAGACUCACACCUAGCCCUUCAUGCCUUCACACACCUGGUUCUUUUGUGGCUGUAAAAAAGGACAAAAGUCCCUUUGUGGAACCCAGACCCCCACGCACCCUUGGUGUAGAUGAGAGGGUCUCUACUGUCCCCUUCCAUUGGUCAGUUCUGAUUUCCGGUUGAUAAGUCUGUGACCAGGUGAUUCUUAAGAAGGGACACAUCAGACUAACAUUCCCUCUUAGAGAUGCUAGCAGGCUUCUUCCCCCACUGAGAAUCCCCUCUGUGGUGAGUCCCCGUUCUGGUAAAUGUGUGCUGUGUCCCUCAGGUGCACUGUGGGUGGAGAAGUGAUUGAAAGCCACCACUGCACUGCAGCCCUUUGUUUAUUCCAGUUCCUGGUGAUAGAGAGGGCAAUUAAUCUGUGGGAUCCUGAUUGGAAAAGGAGGAAGCAGGCCCUCCCCCCCAGGACCCAGAGUGCUUGGAACUUCUCAGCCAGGUCAUCCAAGUCCAGAAGUCUAAGAGCAGUCACAAGCCAGGGUGAACCAUCCUAGCCUCUGUUCUUCAAAUGGGAGCUUAUGUCCCAGAGCCCAAAAGGGACCUUAAUAGAAGGAGUGUGGUGGCCAGAGUCACAGCCCUCUGUGUUACAUGCUUCACUCAAGUACAGGGACCCAAAGCCUGAAUUCCACUGAGGACCAAGUUUGGCUAGAAGGAGAGAGAAGACACCAUAAACUUCGCCAUCCUUGUAUCUCAGCUCAACUGCUGACCUAGAAAGUCUGCUGUUACGUGGAGAACAGUCACCCUCUUCCUCUUCCUCUGCCCAAGAAAAAGCAGCAGCACAGAAGCCCUGAGCAGGGACUCCUUCCAGCCACCACGACACUGAGAUGAAGAGGCUGCGGUGAAUCUCUCCAGCAGAGAAAGUUCCAGCAAAGUCUCACUGAAGGAGGGAAAGGGAGUUAACCCUUCUCCACCCCCACUGCUCUCUACAUGUCCUUCCCCACCAGGCUAGGGUGUGGGCCUAAUGUGGAAAAAACUUUACAAACAGAAAUUGCCACAAGGGUACCCAGCCUGGCUUCUAAGCCCCAUAGCUCCCUUCCCCGUGUUCUCAUCAGAUUCUCGAGUCAGUGCAUGUUGUGGGUCAGCCUUGCCUCUGGGGUCCAGGUUUCUAUUUCCAGUCUAAUGACAGGCUUAGCCAGCUAUGACUUUAAAGAGUUAUUUGAGAGAUGACUAAUUUAAUCCUGCAACAGCUAACUUAUCCCCACUGCUCAAGGCACUCGAACUGCACUGGGUAUUACAGAAACAGCUAAGAGCCCUCAGUGUUGGGUUAGUCAGAGGAGCUGGGGAGCUGCAGAGCAGGGCAGGGCACCCAUGGUCUCCUACAGAAGCUGCCUGACCUUGAAGCAGGGUGCAAAGUUCCUGGGAUUGGGUGGCGUAGGCCUAAACUGAAGAAAAUGGAUUUAUCUUCAUGUGUAGGCUCCUUACAUUUCAAAACCCACAGGGGUUUAUAAAUAAUCUUUAACCAUAUUCCUAAGACUAACAACAAGACGAGUCAAUAUUUAUUAUUCAGUCCUACAGAAAGAAAGGAAGUAAAAAAGGAAAGAAGGGGGCCAGGUGGUGGCGCGCCUGGUUGAGUGCAUGUUACAAUGCACAAGAACCCGGGUUCAAGCCCCAGUCCCCACCUGCACAGGAAGAGCUUUGCGAGUGGUGAAGCAGUGCUGCAGGUGUCUCUCUGUCUCCCCUUUGCCUCUCGAUUUCUGACUGUCUCUAUCCAAUAAAUAAAUAAAGAUAAAUUUUUAAAAAGGAAGGGAGGAAAAGGGAAAAAAGCAAGCACAGUAUUCUUGGGCCUAAGAACCACAUCUGAAGCUUCCAGACCUGGGGGUCUGCACUGAGAAGAUUGAAGCAUAUCAAGUCCAGGGGCUUUAUUUCCUCUUCUGGCAAACUAAUUUUCAUCAACAGUGGCCUUGGAUUGCUUGAUCUCAUGGGCUAGGCAUUACUCUAGAUAAGGUCUGGGCUGUGAGAGGUGAACAGCUUUUUCUGCAUCCUCCUGAGUCACGGGAACUGGAAGUCUUGUUCCCUGGCCUUUCACAGAUCAAGGUGAUGCCUACCUCCCUGGAGCUGCAGCUUCUAGUACCCUGUGGACGACUGGAGAAAGAUCUGAGAUCUCAGGCUGUCUAAGGCCAUCUGUUUGUCAGGGCUUGGCAAAGCAGGUCUCAGAGUCCUUCCACAGCAGGCUCAGGUCCAUGUGGGAUCACCUCUUUCCCUGUGGUAGAUCAACAAGCUUCCUUGGAGGGGUGAACUGCAGAGGGUCUGGGGGACACUGCCUCCAAGAGAGUGCCCCCAAUCAGCAAGAGUUGUGGGAAGCACAGAGAAGCAGCCUGCCUCUUCUCUGUAGCUCUCAAGCUUUUUACCACAAGAGAAACUCAAGUUGCUCUCCCAAUUCAGAGCUGCAGAAGCCCCUACUCCAAGUCCCUUGUCCAGAAUCUUCCUUCAUUGAGUCCAAAUCUGUGGCCCUGUUGCAGCAUGUGUGGAGACAUUCUAAUUUAGGAACCUAGUAAAGCCCACUCCCCUCUCCUCUACACUGACAAGUCCUUCCAUCACUGUGACUGAAGUUGUGCCAAGUACAAAAAUUAGAUUCAAAUAAGGGGAUGAAAUAAUGUCACACUUGUUUCUUCUUAGCUGCCCCAAAUUUCAAUCUAGUGCUUUUCCCAAGUGCUGCCCCACUCUACCCCCUACCCCAGCAAGGGAGGCUAGGGUUACAGAUAAUGCCCUUCAGAAAACCACUCACCCUCAGCCUGUUUUCCAUCCAACAUUCCCUUCCGUGUGUUCAGAUUUAAAUACAGGGCAUCAGAUGACGUGGUGAAGCUGCAAGGACAGGGUCUGCCAAGGCCACGUCGCCUCCCAGCUCUGCCCUGUGGCUUCCUCUCCUGAAACUCACCCCUAUAGAUAGAGGCCCUCCGGGCCCCAGGGGUGGGGUGGUUCCCUCCCUCAUAGGUACUGACCCCCUCUCAAGGACAGCCACAGCUGAAGCCAGGACAUUACCUCUUCCCACUCUCAGCCCAAAUGACAGGCUUCAGGGCAGACACUGGCCUUUCCAGCUUUGGGGGGUCCCAGUGGGACUGGAGAGUCCAGGGCCUUGCCUGAAUAGUCAGAUCUAGGGUCCUAACAUUCUUGUCACUAGUGUGAGAAGCACAGAAUCAAACUGCCCGGGAGAGGGUAUCUCAUGAAGGCAGGGGUGUGAAUCAGGAUUGAUCCCAACCCAAAGCACAAGCUCAACCAUUACAGGUCUCAUGGCUUUAGUAAGAGUGGUGUCUGCAAGUCCUAAAGCCAAGAAAGACACUCAGCAAACGUGAUCUGGCAGGAUUCCCAAGCCAUCCUAGACCGUCCCCCUUCCCAACAGCUGAGAGUGACCAUCAGGCAGGACUAAGAACCACAGUAGGUGGGUCUAGUGACCCCGCAGAUGUGACCCCUUCAAGCCAGCAACAUAAAAGUGAAUAUAUACUUAGCACUAAAAAGCAAACCCACCUUGAUACCAUAAUUUCAGAGCCUUCCCUAACAGCACCUAGAGCCCAGCCCUUUCUUACCCCACUAUUGGAUGACUUUCUUAUGCCACUGAAUUUGAAUUUGCUCAGGAUUCCUCAGGGAUCCUGGCCACAGCCCAGACCACAGAGAACUUGAGCUGUGGGUCAAUCAGUGCAUCAUAUUUGUUCUCCAAGGCUCAGCCCUGGAGUGGGCAGGACUGGGCACUUUCCUGCUGUCUCUGCUUUUAGAAACAAACACAAAAAGGCUACAGACUUUCUACUAGACCAAACUAGCACUAAGGAAACCCUGGCCUGUGGACCACAUGCUCUGAUGACCUGGAGCAUAGAUGGGGUGUCAGGCCUGGACCAGUGACUAAAACUGAAAUCACAUUCCAGUUUAGACAGUGUGGUUCACAUGAGCACAGGUGGUAUCAAACCAAGGCUUAAGUAGCAAAACUCUCCCAUAUGUGUGGUGGAACAAAGGCCUUUAAACUUGGCCUCUGACCUGUUUCCCUGCCACAGGCUUGUGAGGGGAGCCCAGGGAGCGUUCCAGUAACAGUGGAGGAUGCAGAGCUUUCUGGUCCUUCCUGGCCUUGCUGUGUGCUUUUCCAUAGAAGGUAGCUUGUCAGUAAGCUGAGGGGAGCAUCCCCGAGCCCUGCUUUCCCAGCACUACACUGCAUGUUCCUCCCGGUGGCUCAGCCUUCACCGCAGAAGGAGCUGAUACUCCCAGAGGCUGGGCACAGUGGAAAUCAUAAUAAAGAGAUCAUGAUGCUAA